AUGGAUUAUACAGAAAAAUACCAAUCAAUAGAAAUAAUAAUUAAUGAAACAACAAACAUAGAAUCAUUUGAAAAAUCCGAUGUAAUCAUAAUCGAACGAGUGAGAAAUUCUAAUAAACAAGAAAUUCAAUUAACAAGACCAUUACUUCUUUCUUUAUAUAUUGAAUCAGCUGAAGUAUAUCCAUUAGAAUAUUUAAAGAGUAUUAAUAAUAAAUUAUUUCCAAUUUCAUUUCAACAGUUUCAAACAGAAAAAAAUUGUGAAAAAUCUACAAAACAAUCUAAUUUUUGUGGUUAUGAUAGUUUUGAUAUACAUACAGCAAAACCUAUCAAACAUCAUCGUACUCAAUUAUCUAUACAUUGUUUACUAGUUGAACAAAUUAAUGAAUUACAUUAA